AUGUCUUUGUUUAAAAAACCAACCAAGAAAAGACAACGUCAUUUACGUGAACGUAUAAUCGAUAACGAUGAUAGUACAACGGAGGAAGAAGCUGAAAUUGCAUGUAAAUUAGAAGGUGUGAAGGAACUACAAGAAAGUCGUAUACGUAAAAAUGGAUUGAAUGCAGUAGAAUGCGCUUUAGGUAAAGAGCUUGCAGCGGAAUUUAUUGCAAUGGAUGAUGAUCCAUUUAGACAACGUGGUGGUGGUAUGCUUCGAUUAUCUGAAGGACGCCAAGCUCAAAUGCAUGCAGCAGAUAUCGAAGCUGGUAUACGUGAUCAAUUUAAAAAAGAAAGUUUUCUAAGAGAUGAACAUGAAGAGAUGAAAAAAUAUGUGCAAGCGGAAUUGCGCAAGCGGAAAGCAGUGCAAGACUUGGAAGAUAAUGACGCAACAACAUCCAAAGUAUCAAGUAUGGAAGAUACUCUUAUGUGGAAAGCAGCGGAAAAAGUUCGUCUUUUUCGAAGUGAACGUAAUGAUGAACUUCUAUCCAAUCAAAUGCUUGCUGGUAUUCCAGAAGUGGAUUUAGGCAUUAAUGCAAGAAUGAGUAAUAUUAUCGAAACAGAGAAGAAAAAAAGUGAUAUGCUGAAGGAAGUGGUUGAGAAAAGGCGAAAUCUUGCUCAAGAUAGUUUAUUUAGUCAAGAUCGAGCUAAAGAUUUGGCAAAAGAUUAUGUACAGCACUCUAUUUUUUAUAUGGAAUCAACCACACGUCUUGGCCAAGAAGAUUGGCGCAAAAAAUUGGAACGACCUGAUACUGAAGCUCAGGUUACACUAACAGAUGCAGAUAAUUUACGAAGUGAUGUAUCAAUACAUCGUUUGUGA